GCAAUAAAAUUACAGAAUAACAAGAACUUCUUAGAAAUAAAGCAUUAUUUCAGUAAAAUGCGACGAUAUAUUCUACUUGCAGUAUCGUAGACAUUACAGAUACAUUCUAAUUUAACUUCUGAUCGGUUUUGAUGGGAAUUGAAUGGGUAGAUUUGGGAAUAGAGGACAAAAAGUGCAAAAAUUUGCGUGAAAAAUGAAAGUGUGAAAAGUGAAACCUGCCAGCCAUGUUUGUUGACGUUGUGUUGUGAUAAUCUUUAACAAUGACUAAGGUGAAUAAUUAUUUUCGUACUGGUUCUACCGCAUGGAUCUUGAUUCUGAUGGCUUUUUUGCUGGUCAUGUCGGGUCUUGGAAUGUCGGCCUUUGCCAGUGUUCAUGCUGACGGCCAUGGUGGCUACUCGAUAAAGGCGAUGGCGGUCAGCGACGAUGAAAAACCCUACUGCUCAUUUUUUGCCAACCGAGCUCCAACACCGCAGCCAUUGCUAAAGAACUGCUCGAUGUUCAAGGAUAACAGCUGCUGUCUGCAACAGGAGAUUGCUGCGACAUUUGGGAAGGUGAAGCCCCUGAAGGGGUCCUCAAGAGAAUGCCAGAUUCACAUGAAUUACCUCAUGUGUUACAUCUGUGCACCAACGCAACACAUGUUCUAUUCUCGUGAACGAUUGACUGUAUGUGAAGACUUUUGUGAUGCACUCUAUGAUGCAUGCAAGUCGGCCAUCUUGAAGGGAAGUCUGAUCAGCCAUCUUUAUCAGAACGGACGGUCCUUCUGUCUGAGUAGAAGUUUUGAAGUCGCACCGCCAACUGCUGUGAGAUGUUUCAGAUAUUACAGCGAGAAAGAUAAAAACGCUUCAAAAAAUAUUCAAUACAACAUACGCUUGAUAUCCAUGUGUCUUUUUAUACAUGUUUUAUCUUUUCUCAUCACAAAAAUUCCAUCUGGAAGUCCUGAAAUGAAUACUGUUACAAAAGGAAGCAAAAGGUCAAAAGUGAAACAUAAACUCCUUUCUUCAGUCACAGAAACUGAUUCAGUCAAAAUUGUCAGAGGUGCCAUGUGUUUUUCCAACGCACUGCCAAGUAUGUUUACAGCAAUAUUUCUGUGUUCCAUUCUUCUCCUACCCACAAGUGUGCACAGUGUAAGGCCAUCAGAUGUAAACAGGUGGGCGAGACUUGUAUCAGAAGAUUUCUCGGCAUUCACAGAACAAGGCCUGCAGUUUGAUGCUAUCCAAAGGGCAUAUUUUGACGCCAGUUAUGAUACAAAAGUUGUGGAUGGGAAGACCAAAAUCAAGGAGGUCAAACAAAAGCUAGAAUCUUUUUUCUCCAAGAAAAAGACCAUGGCAGAACAACUUGCAAGGAAGGUUGCAGAUCUUUAUGAUAGUUGGUCCGUGUCCACCCCUGUACCUAUCAGUCUCCAGUCAUUGUCGGGAGAUGACUAUAAAGAUGCGGACUUGGUUGAAACUCUUCCAGGUUACAUGGCGUACAGCAGUGACUUUAAUCUUCCCGUGCUUCUCAAUGCCAGUACAGUGAAGAUUCCAGAUGAUGUAGAGAGGAAUGAUCCUAGCGUCAUCAAAACCGUGAUGCUGACUUCAAAACUUGAUCAACUAUUUCAAGAAAAUGCUAAACUGGACCCAGAUCUGAGGUGGCAGUAUUUUGGUUCUUCAAAUGGUGUCCAUCGUCAGUUUCCCGGCAGAGAGUGGCAGAGUAAUUUCAUUGGGUUUCGGGAGGAUUUCGACCCUCGUUUGAGACCCUGGUACAUAGCAGCGACAUCAGGACCAAAGGAUAUCGUUAUCAUAUUGGAUGGAAGCACAUCGAUGAGUGCAAAUGAAUGCCUCAUGAAGAUGAAGAAGGUUGCCAAGACGUUGAUUGGGAGCCUAUCACCACAGGACUAUCUCAAUGUCAUCGUGUCCAGAUCAACAUACUAUGACAACCAAGGAAUGAAACAGGAGUUCGCACCAGAGUCGUUGGCCUGUAGGAGUGACCGUCUCUUGCAGGCAACGCUGAACCUGAGGAAGAGUAUUAUGGCCAACAUUCAGCUCCUAAAGCCAAAUGGGGGAUCAGAUCACAGAGCUGCAUUUACAAAGGCGUUCAAGUUGCUGGAUGGGCCGUCAAAGUCAGGAUGUCAGAGCAUCAUUAUCUUUAUAACAGAUGCUGCUGGGAAGGACAAGCUGCAGAGAUGUGAUCCAGGUUACUAUCGAUAUGAUUCGGAGAGCAGACGGCGCUAUAUCCCCGGUGACUACUGUGUCUAUAACAUCGAUGAUGUCAUCAAUCACGUCGAGACGCUACAGAAGGGAAGAUCAGAGCCGGUCUCCAUCUUCUCAUUUGUUACCAAGAGCGACGAACAAAACAUCCCAUUCCACCAGGAGCUGACGUGCCAGAACCGUGGCAUGGCCGUGGCCAUCGUGGAUGAUGAUGCGAUCUUUAAGCAGAUGUCCCCCUAUUUCAACAACAUCAACAUCAAUUCGUCUGCUGGGGAUGUUGUUUGGACGUCACCGUAUAUUGAUAAAAGUGGGCUGGGCCUGAUGUUAUCUGCUGCUGCACCUGUCUACAGCAACAAAACUGGAAAGCAUCUCGGUGUCGUGGGUCUUGAUGCUACCUUGACAAGCAUCGAGCGUUUACUACAAUAUGAACGCAGGGGUAUGGCCUAUGCAUUCUUGAUUGACGAAGAUGCCACGGCCGUGGUUCACCCUUUUGUGAAGCCGUCAGCUGAGCUUCUUGAAGAGGCAAUCUUUGCUAACAUUUAUAGCCUGGAGACACAUAAUGGCAAACCUGCCGCGUUCUAUAACGUCGUGAAAGAGAUACUUCAGGACCGAACCGGAGAAUACACAAUCAGGGAUGACGCACAAAGAGCAGUGUCGUUUGAUAACGCCCUCUAUUGGAGACCAGAGGAGUACACUCACUACGUUUAUACACACAUAAAAGGCUCUGAUUUCUAUCUGGUGUUCAGUCUUGGCGAUGGUGACGAUGUAGUCCGCUACGCACGGCCACCAAAUUCUUAUAAUCUGACAUACUUGUCUGAUCUCACUGGUUAUCUGGAGCUGAAGGAGGAGGGGAAGCUAAUCCCUCUAGUCACUGAGUUGAGGAUUGUCAAGGAUCGUGAGAAAUUCACAGGACUUCCGGUAACUAUGGCUGCCUCUACCGUCAAACUGGCUCCAAGAUGUUUCUGUGACCCCGAUGAUUACGUCAAAUUGAAUCGGCCAUCAUUGUUUGACAUUCAUGAAGACAUCAACAAACCCUCCUCUUACUCACCCCCACAAUGUCCAAAUGGAACGUUCCAAACUGGUGUCCGGGCUGAUGUGCACCUGACCGCCAUACCUGAAGACAAAUGGAGGAGGAGGGAUGCUAGCAUUCAGAAUGAGAUCGUGUGGACUUAUAUUGGUACAGCGUCAGGGGUGCUGCGAAUCUUUCCUGGGGCAGAGUUGGAAAAAACCUACGACACUGUCAGUCGUCCAUGGUACAACAGUGCUCUUAUCAACCGAGGGAAAGUGGCCAUCUCAAAAGUCUACCUGGAUGCUUCAAAGAUUGGCAAGGUUGUGACCUUCUCCAAGAAUGUCCACAAAGGUCCAGAUAAGAAUCCUGACCCAGCGACCUGUGCAGCGAUGCCAUUUGGAGAUGGAUGCCGGUGCACCGCAAACAAUAACUGCAAGUCGCAGUUCUGCUUUGAGAAGAUCUGUGCGUCGGAUAUGGUCCAGGGCGUCAUGGGGCUUGAUCUCUUCUACGACAGCUUCUAUGAUAAAGUCACCAGGCAUCUUGUCGAUGCUCACAACAGAUCUGUCUGCAAAUCUGUUUACUCAUGUCGUUAUGGACACACAUGUAAAACCAAGUGUUAUGUCGUCAAUGGAGCAGCCAACCUCGUCCUCGAUUCCGCAUUCCUAAACGUCGCCGACACGGAUCGUCGUCUUUACGAGGACGUGGCCUUGUCUAGUCGACAUGGAUUUGUAUUCCAUAUGUUGCUGAAUGCUGGUAUCUACAGGUCCUAUACGAGGACAGAUUAUCAGGGAGUCUGCACCCUAUCUAAUGAAGACAGUAUCAAUGGCAAGAUCUGGAACUCACCCAUGGGCGUUUCCGCCCCACCGCCAAAAAAUGCCUCGGGUCCAAUCCCACCAUUCCAAAACAAAUAUAGCUGUGUCAGGGAGGUGAUGUACUACCAGGUGAACUACUCGGCCUUGGAGGCUGCGGGGGGCAUGCAGUAUGGCAGCUUGGCCGCAGACCCUUGCGCCAGGGGAGAGUAUUACUUCACAGACAUUCCAGGCACCAACUUAUUCCUACUCAUCCUUGACAACUAUGUGGAAAGAAAGUCGCACUUCAACUUCAACUGCCAGAUUGAAAACAGAGCGCUCAACCCCGGCUCCUUCCCAGUGCAGAAGAACCUCUGUGUGACAGAUGAUCAUAACAUCUUCAAAAAUAUCACGGAGGGAACGUGUCCCGCUAGACAAACCAUCGUGAAAACGUGCAUGGUAUCAGCAGCCAAUCAAAACAGACCUUACUUAAUGAUAUUGAUCUCCUACCUAGCGCUGAUGAUUCAGUACAUGAGGAAACCAGCCCUGUAAAAUAUUUAGUCGCCCUCCAACUUCAAGCACCCCGCUGAUACUACACACAGCGAUGAUCGGCAUAUUUACCUUAUCUACCUAAUGGCCAGCGUAACAUGACUAAUUUACUGUGAUGAGGCAAAAUUAGAAGUAAUUUGGUCGACUUCAAGGCAACCAGGAUGUGAUAGCAAGGUCAGUUAUGUAACAACAUAUGUUGACUUCAGCUUUUGGUCAGGCAACUCAGCAGGAGGUUACCUGGCUCAGAUAUGCUGAGAGCUAAAGUCAAUAAACUAUUCCUCAGAAACUCUCCCCUCAUCAAAUAUCCAUCCCCCCGGCAUCUAAGGAAUUUCCAUUAGUUGGUGGGGGAUGGUCAGGAGAUAAUUUUUACAGGGCUGGUUUCCUCAUGAUUGGAUGGUGUCCUCGUAAAAUGACUUAAAUUUUUGUUUUUUUCCCAAAAUCUUUCAGGCCGAGUGCGAAGUUAUGGUGACUGACAAUUUUGAAAAAAAUUACAAUGUGUUAGGCCCAGAAAUCAGUGCUAAUACAUUGUUUCCAACUAUUUGGUGCUGUCAUCUGUUAGGAGUUCAUCAUCUGCUAUAGUUUGCAAACCGAUAUUGACAAAUUUUUCAUAUCACUCUCAUUUCGAAAUUUUUGCUCAGAAUUUCCAGAGAUCAACCUCAGGUGAAUCUACAUCUUGUCCUGCCAUUAAACAAUUCAAAAUUUCAUGCUGACCAUGUUCUGACAACAUACUGUGUCAACAUGAUGAAGUCAGUUUAAAGUGAUACUAUGAUGUGAUUUACAACUUUGCGGAAAUACGUCCGUUUUUAAUUGUUGAUCACAAAUGUAAAGCUCAAAUUUUCCAUUUUUGAUUAGAUUAAAAUCGGUGUUUUAAUCGCAUCAGACUGGCCAACUGCCGAAAAUGUUCAUGUUGUGACGUCAUCAACGAAAACGUCGUCAGCGUAGCGCGAUUUCAACGGCAUCGAAGCGAGCCAUCCGGGCGGGAUUAAAACCAUCAAUUUCUAGAAAAUGUGCAUUUCGAUUCAAAAAACUUACCGAUUUAUGAGAAAGUGACGUAGUCAUUUGUCAAAAACAGCUAUAACAUUAUAUGGUGAAAUUUGACACGAGUUACCCUUUAAUGUCGCUUGUACAAAAGGCCUGUUAUAUGUAUGUGUAACAGACUUACCACAACUGGCUUAAUUACACAGUAUUUAGUUACUUGGUGCUUGAUCAAUAUAAAGGGUAUAAACUUUUUUGCCAUUAACUUAUUUACUUAAGCCCUUCGUUCCUCUGAGAGCACUCGGCCGCUAAACCGACUGAAAUUAUUUGAGAAAUUACUGUUUUCACUGUAUUUGCCAGGUGAUCAGGAGGAAACCAUUUAAAUCUGUUACAUUCUGCAUGAAAAUUGUUAUUAAAAUAUUUGUCUGUGCCAUAAUGUUCGAAUAGAACUUAUAAUAAUAUUGUCUUACUCUUCAUAAUCAUGUACUCUUCAAUCACGGUGAUAUGCCAUUACAGUGUAAUCAGUGAUUAAAGAAGAAAAUCAUAAUAAUAAUGCAAGUUACUUUAUGUUAAAAAGUAAAAAAACUCAGUGUCCUAUUGAACUAUAUUUUCGCAGUCUGCUUUGGUAAGACGACUACAGCAUCCGAAGUCACCUUUUCAUUAUUUGGUGACCCCAAUUCUGUCAUGGCUUGUGUUGUUAUUUACACGAUGGAUUUUAUUUUUAUCCUGUGUCUACUGAUACUGUGUAGUAUGCUUACAUCAUACUUUUUAUGUUAUUUUCAACCGGUGUUGUCUCUUAUUGAGGCUUUUAACCAAUUUGGACAAUCAUGUGUUCAUUGCAUUAUCAGAAAACAUACCCACCUUGGCAAUUUUUGUUGCAUCAGUAGACUGCCAUUAUUCCACAUGUAGUUGUUGUAUCCGGUUUAAACUCUGCUAUUCACUGCUCGCAAAAAAUGAUUAAAUUGCUGGUUGGCAUUUUGCUUUGCUUGUUCUUGAUAAUGCUUUAUCCAAUCCAGGCAAAGUGUUUUUAGAUACAUGUACUUUGGAUUUCGAAGUUUUAGAUGAGAUAUGACAUAUCUAUGUGUUGCAUUUCCUGCAUGAAGUGAUGAAAAAUCAGAAUGUUCUUUUAGACUUUAGUUCUGUGUUGAACAAAAACCAGGAUUCUCCCAGGAUUUGUUAUAAGUACUACUGACUGCCAGACAACUUAAAUGCCAAAAAAGCAUUUCUUAUUGUUUAUUUUUAAUGUGUAGCAGCCAAAUAAUUUCCAUUGUGCACAGCAUUUAUUAGUUUUUCGAAUGGGAAUUCCACAGUAAUGUCUCCAUGCAUCAACUGGUUUAUACUGAGGCGUGGGAAAUACAGGAGCAUUGUAUAACUUGUGCGCAAGUUAUUUUAAAGGACAAGAAAUUAUGUGUACCUGUUGCACCACAGAGUCAUUGCGUCAUCAAAACCCAUAUCCAACCUGGGCAGUUUUUGUCACAUCUGACGGUAGAGCAUUGCAAGAAAUAAUAAAGACUAGUCUUUAUUAGUGUUGGUAUUUUUCGUAUCCUGUUAGACCUCUGCUACAUGUAGUUCAGAGGUAAAUCCUGAAUUUAUUUCCUGGGGAGUGGCAGUUUGUGAUCAAGUAACAUUUCUAGGUCACCCCUGCCCCUUCCCCCCAAAGUCGCACUGUUGCAGUCAAUCAGUAGUGUAGUAGUACCACUUACAGCACAGAUGCCUGGCUAGCAUGGCCCGAGGGGUAUUUAGGGAGAAAGAUAUAUCUGUUCAAAAACCCUUUCGAUUGAGUAAAAAGUUUGAAUCGGAGGUUGAAGUCUGUAUUCAUGUACAGUAGAACCUCUCUAUUAAGGACACCCUUGGGACUGACAAGUGCUGUCCUUAAUAGAGAGGUUGUCCUUAGUAGAGAGGUGUCCACUGUACAUGUAGCAGCUAUUCUGCGGGAAGAUUACGGGCCUGAAUAUUAUCUGCAUAAUAUGUUAUUCAAGAGUUGAACGCUGUAAAUGUUGUUGUGGUUUGGUCAUAAAUAUUCUAGAAUCAUGUCCAGUGUUU